UGCUUGGUGUUCACUAUAUUUUUACUGCCUUAAACCACUUCACCAAUCCAGUUUUGACCAAAAUGUAAGAGAAGAAAACACAAGCGAGGGGCGCUUCUGGAGGCGCACAGUCGCAGAGCGAUCAGGUUGAGUCUAUAAGGUUCUCAUGUCCUGUUUAAGAGCGCGAGCGGAGCGCGAAAGUCUAUCAUUACUGAACAAAGCGUUCGGAAGACUACAAAUCCAGUACUAGAGAUGGCAGAAACCGCCCCAGCUGCAGCCGCCCCGCCGGCCAAAGCGCCUAAGAAGAAGUCCGCCGCUAAAGCCAAGAAAGCAGGUCCAUCUGUCGGUGAUCUGAUCGUUAAAGCCGUGUCCGCAUCCAAGGAGAGGAGCGGCGUGUCUCUCGCUGCUCUGAAGAAAGCUCUCGCCGCCGGCGGCUACGACGUGGAGAAGAAAAACUCCCGCAUCAAGCUCGCCAUCAAGAGCCUGGUGACUAAAGGCAUCCUGCUGCAGGUCAAAGGAACCGGCGCCUCCGGAUCUUUCAAGAUCAGCAAGAAGGAGACCGAGACCAAGAAGAAGCCGGCGAAGAAAGCGGCUCCUAAAGCCAAGAAGCCCGCGGCCAAGAAACCCGCUGCUGCCAAGAAGCCCAAGAGCGCAGCGGCAAAGAAGCCCGCCGCUAAGAAAUCCCCCAAGAAGGCCAAGAAACCCGCUGCCGCCCCCAAGAAGGCCACGAAGAGCCCCAAGAAGGCGAAGAAGCCCGCGGCGCCCAAGAAAGCAGCCAAGAGCCCCAAAAAGACCAAGGCCGCCAAACCCAAGACAGCGAAGCCUAAAGCUGCCAAGCCUAAAAAGGCAGCUCCCAAGAAGAAGUAAAAACUUGCUGUUUUAUUCCCCAACGGCUCUUUUCAGAGCCACCCACAAACUCGAAAGAAAGAGCAAAACUAUAUCUGCACUUUGUGGAAAGUGAAUUAUGAGAAGUGUAUGUGAGGUUUCCUUGACUCACAAAUCUUUACACCUCGACUGCAUUUAGAAAAGCCAGAGUUUUUAUGGUUAUUAUAUUAAAAGCUUUAAUGAAUCAUUGAUCUUAACUUAGUUAUGUUACAAAAGCAUUUAUUAGAGGUUUUUGCCUUGACAUUUUUUUUUAAAUACUUUAUAACACACUGACUGUCGUCGGUCAUGUUGCUUCCAGAGCUGCCCACU